AUGGAGUUCGUAUGGAGACAGAGGUGGUGUCUCCAGCUGGGCUGUGUGCUGCUGCUGACUGGGGUCUGUGCCAACCUAGACUACCUAAAAGAAAUCCCAGCCAGCCUGGGGCAGAUUGACCAUCAGUGCUGGGAGGUGUCAUCACAUGGGCUGGUGGAGAUGAAGAAACUCAAGGUAGCAGACAUGGUGGUGGAUCUCUGGGACUUCAUGAUGUUCCUGAAGGAAUCCCCCAAGCCCAAGCACAACGAACUCUUCAAUGACUUAGCCCAGAACUUCUGGGACAUGUACAUAGACUGUGUGCUCUCAAGGUCCCAUGGAAUGGGCAGAAGACAGCUAAUGGCUCCCAGAUAUUCUUCCCCAUACUCACACAGAAGUCUGGAAGGCUCUGCUUUCACCAAUCCCUUUUAA